GCUGACAAUAAAACUGCGUGGAGUGUCUAGAACGAUUAGUUGUUCUCUUCUUCUUUCUCUCAUCCCAAAUUGACUUUUCUUUCUUUCAUUCUGAUUUAUACGAAUCGAAUCGCUUCUGAAUUCUGAUUCUCAAUUCUUCUCUUCCUUUUUCGUAACAACUAAGGUAAGAAAAGUGAAGGACUUUACAUAGUGAAGCCGGAGAGACAUGGCUAACAAUGCAGCUGCGUUUGUUGAGAGAGCAACCAGUGACGCGCUUACUGGUCCUGACUGGGCAGUCAACAUAGAGCUGUGUGAUGUCAUUAAUAUGGAUCCUAGGCAAGCAAAGGAUGCAUUGAAGAUACUUAAGAAGCGUUUGGGCAGCAAAAGUCCCAAAACACAGCUGCUGGCUCUUUUUGUUCUGGAGACCCUUAGUAAAAAUUGUGGUGAAAAUGUAUUUCAGCAGAUCAUUGAGCGGGAUAUCUUAAAAGAAAUGGUAAAGAUUGUGAAGAAGAAGCCGGACUUAAAUGUGAGGGAGAAGAUACUGAUUUUAAUUGAUACAUGGCAAGAAGCGUUUGGAGGCCAAAGUGGAGUUUUUCCUCAAUACUAUGCAGCAUAUAAUGAACUAAAGUCUGCUGGAGUUGAAUUUCCUCCACGAGGAGAGGAUAGUGUGCCACUCUUCACGCCUGCUCAAACUCAGCCGAUUCUUCAUUCUGCUGUAGAUUAUGAAGAUGCUGCUAUUCAGGCUUCUCUCCAGUCAGAUGCAUCUGACCUUAGUUUACUGGAGAUAAAAAAUGCGGAAGGACUAGCUGAUGUAUUGACGGAAAUGCUUAGCGCCUUGAAUCCUAAAGACCCUGAGGGUGUGAAGGACGAAGUGAUAGUUGACCUUGUGGACCAGUGUCGUUCUUACCAAAAGCGUGUAAUGCUUCUUGUGAAUAAUACUACGGAUGAGGAGCUUUUGAGUCAGGGAUUGGCACUAAAUGACAGCCUUCAGCGAGUACUCGACCGACAUGAUGAUAUCGCAAAAGGAACUGCUAAUUCAGGUGCAAGAGAAGCUGAUCUGCCUCUUGUAAACGUAAACCAUGAAGAUGAUGAGUCCGAAGAUGAUUUUGCUCAACUGGCCCCCAGGUCAUCUCGAGAUACUAAUGCACAGAAUCGGAAACCAGCCUAUGAUGAGGCAGAAUCGGGGAGGGUAAACUCAUUUUCCCCCCCACCACCAGCAUCAAGGAAACCAGUCUACUCUGGCACUGGCGCGGUUGACUACCUUAGCGGUGAUGCGUACAAGGCAGAGGGAUCCCGUGAAAACUCAGAACCAACUUCAUUAGCAGUUCCCCUAGAUUCGAGCCUCAAUCCUACCGCAUCACUAAUUUUUAACAAACAGCCUGUGUAUGAUGAACCAUCUCCUAUGAACAAAUCUUCAGAACAUCUGCCUCCAGCUCCCUGGGACACACCAUCUCCUGUCGUCAUUCCACCCCCGCCUUCAAAGCAUAAUCAGAGACAGCAGUUUUUUGAGCAACAUGGUGGAUCUCAUUCUAGUAAUGGAUCCAGUUCCUCUAGUGACGGCUUGGUGGGACAAACUCAAAAUCUCUCUCUGAAUUCGUCCACCCCACCCAAACAACAGAAGCCUGAAGAUGCCCUUUUCAAAGAUCUUGUUGAUUUUGCAAAAUCCAAAACCUCUUCAUCUUCCAGGCCCAAUAGUUCAUAUUGAGAUAAUAAGUUUGUAUUGCUUAUGCUGGUAUAGUUUAUGAAUUUAUUUUGCUUCAUCUCAGUGAAGCGACCAUUUCGUGGCUGUGUUUAGGAACCUUCAGAUAUGACUUGUCCAUGCGUGUAUUUAGUUCAGUUAAUACCUUUUACAUAAAUUGCAUAUCUUCAUGUAUAUGUUUCAUACUGAAUUUGAUGGCUGGCUCAUGUUUUCGAUGAGAUCAUAUUUCUUUGUAACUCAAGUGGCCUCAAACUCAAGUUGGGGUGGUGAAUUGAGUUUGAGAACCUUUGGAAAACUUCACUUAAAAAACCAUGUGGUGGCUAUCUCUUAAUAGUAUGUUUUGAUCA